AUGUCGUCAACAACACAGCCCCCCUCUCAGUCGAAAUCUCGACUGCCCCCCGUACAGACAAAAGGUCUCAAAUUCGGUGCAGGAUCUUCCUCACAGGGUUCUUCAUCUGGGAAAGGCUCCAACAACAAGGGUAAGAGCAAGGAAGAUGAAGAUGGGAAAUUGCCGUUUCUGGAUUAUAUCAGCUGCAAUAUAUGCAACGAACCCUUCUUCGACGGUAUAGCAAAAGGAAAGAUCUUCUGGAUGACAUCGUGUGCUCAUGUAAUGUGUAACGAUGAGAAACAUCAGCACAAAGAAGGGAUCUGCACGGUCUGCGGCAAGACUAUGCAAGCGGUAACGAUGGAACAAGGCAAUUUACAACCAACACAAGAGCGUUUCCUAUCCAAUCCCGAAACUCAGCUCGAGAAAGCUGUUUCUGAGUACGAGGAUCAGUCCAAGAAAUUCGUUGAAAAUAUCCGAUCUAUCAAAGGUAUAUAUAAAUUCCAGACGAACCAGCACAAAAAACCUCGAUCUCUAUAUAAAGACCGAUUGGAUAAGGCUCUCGCGGAAAUCGAACGAUUAGAGAACGAGCUGCAUAUACACGUUGCCGAAAACGUGGAGUUGAAAUUGGAAAAUAAACAACUGCAAGAUCGUCUGAACAUGCCUCCACCAGCGCUCGAUGGGUAUCAAUCACGAGGAUCAGGAUCUUUACCACCACCUAUAUACGGUAGAACACUAAUUACAGUGGAGGAAGGAGAAGAAGAAGAAGAAUCCAAUGGACUAGUUGGCGAGACCUCGUCGAGCAAAAGAAGGAGAAUUGAUAAUGCUGAGCAACCAUCUAGGUCCUUCGUACCCUCAACCCCUCGAUCCCAACCUCAUUAUGCUCAGCUGUUGGCCAACAGCUAUCAAACACCUCAACAAGAUCCAUAUGAAAGACCUCAAUCAGUGGCUGGAUACAGGGCUGUACCACUCAAUACUAACCCCGCUAGGCCUGAUCUGGAACGAUACAAGUACAACAGUACUCCCUUAAAUGGUACAUCAUCUCAAGCUUACUCUCAAGGACACACGAAUGGUGAAGGUACCCCUUUGCAGAGACCAGCUAGUGCUUUUGAAGGUGUACCUAGCAAUGGCGGCUACAUGGGUGGUUGUGCCGAUGGUGACAUUUCUCACUCGACACCAGCACCCGCUGCGACAAGUAACGGUUAUAGACAAUCGUCUCCGCCAUACGAAGGGAGCUAUUCACCCCGACGUCCACCUCCGAACGUGUAUUCUCAGCUUCCUCCUGAAUCCAAUCGUUACUCGCGUGAUGGAUAUAAUCGAAGUUUGUCUCCGAUCGCUCAUGAUGGAGGGAAUGUUGGGAAGUUUACGAUUAGUCAGCCACCCAAAAGACCUUUACCACCUCCGUUUUGA